UCCCAAUUUCUUCUGAAUCUUCCAUCUUUUAGACGAAAGAGAAGGGAAUCGAAGAUUUUCCUUCCUAAUUUGUAUCGAAAAUGGAGAGAUUUAUGGUAUAUGGUUACCAAAGAUUGAAGUUUGUUACCCAAAGAAGAAUUCUUUUUACUUUUCAAUUCAAAGCCUCCAUUUCGAGAUUUAUGAUAGCAGGCUUUUGGUAUCCCUUCCCAAGCUAAACACCUAAUAAUCUAAAACUAGAAGAUUCAUCUGUUGUUUCAAUUAUCAAGUAUGGCUUCAUCUGAUUCACAGCAAUCUCAUGAUACUCCAAUGGAGUCUGAUACUUCAGCUAAAGGAAAAGCAGACAUUGCUUGGCAGUAUGCAAGGGAAGAGAAACAUCCAGUGACUAAGAAAAGAAUAUCCAUAACAUGUACCGUAUGUUAUAAAAAGAUUUUUGGUGGAAGAAUCAAUAGGCUAAAGAAGCAUCUUGCUGGACAAAUAGGGGAAGUUGCACCAUGUACAAAAUUUAAUCAAGAUGUUCGAUAUCAAAUGCUAGAGUCACUGAAAGAAACAUCUACAAAGAAGCGACAAAGAGAAGUUGAGGGUGACGACCAGCAUGAUAGCGAAGUUCAGGAAAUCGAAGAAGUUGAAAUGAAUAAGCAAACUUCUGUACCCAUAAAUACAAAUAGAAAUGGAGCUAGUAAGAGGGUUGCAGGGGUAGCUAACCAGAAAAGCACAGGAAUAGGUGGAUAUUUUGCGCCUCGAACUACACCUGGUUCUCAACCGUCAAUAAGAAGUGCACUUGCGAGCAAAGAAGUAAAGAAACAAACUGAUUUGGCUGUUGCUACUUGGAUGUUUGAUGCUUGCAUCACAUUUAAUGCGAUUAAUUCAUACUAUUUUCAGCUUAUGUUGGAUGCAUUUGCUACAAUUGAUCCAGGAUACAAGGCUCCUUCGUAUGAUGAUAUCCAUACUAAUUUAUUAAGAGCCAUGGUUAAAGAAGUACAAUUAUUUGUUGAAAAUUUUAGAAGGUUUUGGGCAGAUACAGGUUGCACUGUUAUGGAAGAUGGUUGGAAGGACAAAAUUAACCGCAGUUUAAUUAACCUUUUAGUUGAUUGUCCAAAGGGAACUGUUUUCUUAAAAUCGGUGGAUGCUUCUGACAUGGUGAAGACGGGAGAACAGGUAAUGGUAACAGGUUGAAAUUGUAGGUGAACAACAUGUUGUUCAAAUGGUAACAGGUAAUGCUAGCAAUUACGCACUUGCUGGAAAAUUGUUAGAAGAAGCAUUCCCUAAUAUGUACUGGACACCAUGUGCUGCACACUCUGUCAAUUUGAUCUUAAAGGAUUUUGGAGAACUAGGUGAUAUUAAAGAUGUCGUUCGCAAAGCAGCGAAGGUAACAAAGUACAUUUACAAUCAUUCGAAGGUAUUAGCUUUAUUGCGUAAACGACCUGGAUGGACUGAAAUUAUUCGCCCUGCUGCUACCCGUUUUGCAACAAAUUUUAUUGCAUUACAGAGCAUAAUUUCACAUAAGCAUCAUUUGCAAGGACUGGUUACAUGUCCUGAAUUUGUUGAGUCUUCAUACGACAAAGAAGAUAGUGGACAAGAUUUUUAUAACGUUGAAUUUUGGAAGACUUUCUCGAAGGUUGUUAAAAUUAGUGAGCCAUUUGUUUGUGUGUUAAGGAUGGUGGAUUCAGAAGAUAAGCCUGCAAUCGGUUUCCUGUAUGAUAGCAUUAUUAAGGUGAAAAAUAAUGUGUCAAAUGUGUUCAACAUGAGGAAAAGGGACUAUGAACCGUACAUGAAAAUUAUCAACACUAGGUUCGAUAAGCACUUCAAGAAAAACAUUCAUAUCAUGGGAUAUUGGUUGAAUCCUGCUAUCCAGUAUAACGAGGACAUGUCUAAGGAUCCUAGGAUCCAUUCUUAUGUCUGAGAUGUUAUUGAAAUGUUGCAGGAUAUAAUCAAACGUUGCAGGACAAGUUCAUGAAAGAGAAGCAAGCUUUUCAAGAAGCAACAGGUGAAUUUGGUCGGAAUAUUGCAAUCAACCAACGAAAAACGAUGACUCCAGCUGAAUGGUGGAGAAACUUCGGUAGUGCUACUCCAAAUCUUCAGAAAUUGGUGAUUAGAAUUCUGAGUCAAACUUGCAGUUCUUCGGGAUGUGAGAGGAAUUGGAGUGUAUUUGAACGCAUACAUUCCAAUAAAAGAAACAUACUAGAACAUCAACGGAUAAAUGAUUUGGUAUAUGUUCAUUACAAUCUCCAUUUAAAGAUGAGGAAUAGGACCAAAAAAAACAUUUUAUGAUCCUAUAGAUUUUGAUGCAAUCGAUUUGACGGAGGAUUUGAUAGUAGAUGAUGAGCCUGACCAGAUUAACCUUGAUUAACUAGAAGCUAUAGCUACUGAUGUAUUAAUUCCAAUAUUUGAAAGUCAAACUCGGUGAAACCAUGAUUUACCACAAGCAAAAGCAGAUGAAGAUAAUGGAAAUGCUGCUUGCGAAUUGAAUGAAUUUGAUGACAAUGAUGAUUUGGAUAUGGAAAACGAUAGGAUGUUUGAGCGCCACGAUCUGAAUGAUGUCGGUUAUGAAGAUAUCAAUGCUGGUCAUGAAGAUAAUAAUUUCAAUUUAAACGAUUAUCCUCGUUGAAUUUCCUCAUUUUUAGAAAAUAAGAUUCAAUAGAAGAACUUAGAAUUGAACUUAAGCAUUACGACGCUACCUUUUUCAACUAGUUUAGUACUUUAGUUAUUGUUCGACUUUUAUGUUUUUGGAUUGCUAUCUAUACUUUGAAUUACUAUCUUUA